AUGGCUUUACCGCUGACCGAUUCUUCUCAGUCGUUAAUGAUGAUCCAUGACAGUAGGCCCGUUGAAGUGAUAAAGAAGAAAUUCACCCCACGACGUCGUUUACCAUUUCUGCGCGGUGGUGGUCCUAAUCAGAAUAAUGCUAAUAAUAAUAAUAAUAGUGGUGUUAGCUGCAAUAUUACUCCUACUACCACUGAUGUUCCGCAAUCACUUAAACUGAAAGCAUUGGGUAACAGUAGUGGGGGUAGUAGUAGCAGUCUUCUACCCUCUGUAGGUCGAUUCAGUUCAUCCUUAUCUACAAAUCUGUCAGCUGUUACUGCUGAUAUUGAUUCAACUGCAGCACAAGAAGAAAAGGCCCAACGAGAAUUAGAAAUGAUACUUGGUCGGCAUGCACAAAUACAACCACAACAAGGCAGCAGCGGUGGAGGAGUUAACCCUGAUCAGUACACUCUACCUAACGUAUUCGGUCAACAUGUCCUGAUACAAUUUGAAGAUUUUGCAAAUCAUAAUGCUUUUCGAUUAUUACAAAAAUAUGCACCCAUCUAUAGUACAUUUAACGAUGAUAUCCAAGGUACAGCAUCUGUCGUAUUAGCUGCAUUGCUAGCUUCAUUAAAGUUAACUGGUCGUAAAUUGACAGAGGAAAGCAUUGUCUGUUAUGGUGCUGGGGAAGCAAAUCUUGGCUUUGCCCACCUAGUUUGUUUAGCGUUGAAUAAAUGCUAUGGUUUAACAAUGGAAGAAGCACGUCAGCAUAUCUACCUGAUUGACAGUAAAGGUCUAAUUGUUGAAGGUCGUAAAUCUGGUGGUAUCAAUAGUCAUAAACUCCAGUUUGCUCGUCCAUCUGGAACACCGGAAUUAACAUCGCUAGCAGAAAUUAUCAAGUAUUCAAAGUGUACAUCGUUAAUUGGUGCUGCUGCUAUACCAAAAGUCUUUGAUGAGCAUAUUUUAAAUCUAAUGGCUGAAAUGAACGAGAAACCAGUUAUUAUGGCAUUGAGUAAUCCAACACUGAAAGCAGAGUGCACCGCUGAAGAAGCCUAUCUGUAUACACAUGGUAGAUGUGUAUUUGCCAGUGGUAGUCCAUUUCCAUCGCUUACUUUAACACCUGAACAAUAUCCUCAAUUGAAAGCUUCAAUAACGCGGUGUCCAGGACAAGCAAAUAAUUCGUAUAUAUUUCCAAGUGUUGCUUUAGCAAUAGUCAGUGGAAAAAUAUUUCCUGUAACUAAUGAAGAUUUUCUGAUUGCUGCUCAAACCCUUGCCAGUUUAGUAUCAGAAUCUGAUUAUGCUGUGGGACGUUUAUUCCCCCCGCUGACUGAUAUCAAACGUGUUUCUGCACAGAUGGCGGUACAAAUUGUCAAGAAUGCUAGUCAACAAGGUCGUUGUUAUGCUUUGAAAUCAAAUGAUUUAACAAUUGAAGAGUUAAUAUCAAAUUUCUCGUAUUAUCCACGGAUGAAUUAACUAUCUGUAUGCAUUCGUGUGUGUGUGUGUCUGUUGGAUUCAUUUAUUUCAUGUUCGAUGUGACAAUUAUAAUUCACCUAUGAGAUAACUUAAUAAUGAUAUUAGAGAAAAUUAACUAUACGAUACUUUCUUAUUGUUCAGCUUAUUUUCUUGAAAAUUUAAUUUCAUCUCAUGUAUUAAAUAUUUUUGAAAUGAAAAUGAUUUAUUGAAACAAGAAAA